GCGCUUGAAAAAACAAGAAUCAAAAAAAAUUAUUUGUGAUAUUCAAAAUUCUUCAAGAAAAUUGGUUAAAAAUUAGUUCAUUAGUUAUUGUUCUAGAUCUUCUACCUUAAGUGCCUUAAGUUUUCACAAGAAAAGUGCUGCUUUUGCAUAAGUCCGAGCCGCUUGGAAAUAUUGUUGAUAUAUAUAUAUACGUAGAAAUGCCACGCGAAUUUAUGAAAAGGAAGAGAGCCGCAAAUAAUAAUGGCAGCCAAAGGAACGGACCUAAGCCUAAAGUGAAGCGCGGGGAGGUUUUUGCAUUGCCAUUGCCCGUGAGAUCACAUGUGCCGGGACGGGUAUUGGUAUGCGGUCAGGGAGAUAUGGGACAAUUGGGUUUGGGAGACGAUGAAUCCAAAUUCGAAAGGAAGCUUCCUGCUUUAAUUGAAAUUGUGAAAGAUGUGGUCGACAUCACAGCUGGCGCUAUGCAUAAUCUCCUACUGACAGAAGAGGGUCAUGUAUACUCAUUUGGUUGCAAUGAUGAGGGUGCUUUAGGUCGUGAUAGCAAUGAGGACGGUUCAGAAUUUGUACCGCAAAAAGUUGAUUUACCAGACAAAGUUCUAAAAAUCUCCGCGGGUGAUUCGCAUUCCGCUUGCUUGCUAGAAGAUGGACGGGCAUAUGCCUGGGGUUCAUUUCGCGACUCCCACGGCAAUAUGGGCCUAACAUUGGAAGGGAUUCAGCGUUCGCCUAUUGACAUUUUACCGGGAAUACGUUGCUGUGAUGUUGCCUCCGGCGCGAAUCACUUGGUGAUAUUGAGUUGCACGGGAACGGUAUAUACGGUGGGUUGUGGAGAACAAGGCCAGUUGGGUCGAGUGUCUCUAAGAAGCGCUUCAGGACAAGGAAGGCGUGGUAAAGUAGAACUACUGAGUCCUAAGCAAGUUGUAAUAAAGAAAAGAGGUGCUAAGCCUAUAGAAGCCAUUUGGGCGACUUCAUAUUGCACUUUUCUUAAAGAAUCGGAGACUGGUAAUAUGUGGGCUUUCGGCUUAAAUAAUUACAAACAGCUAGCGUGCCCUGAAGACAUAUCGCCCGUUAGCUGUCCGAUAAGCAUUAAUUGGGAUCAGGUUUCACAAAUAGCUGGUGGCCAACAUCAUACUUUGCUAUUGAGGGAUGACGGUAUCGUGCAGGUUGUAGGUCGUAAAGAAUACGGUCGUUUGGGUUUAGGGCCUGCUAACGCGGAUGCUACCGAGUUGACAACCAUAUCGGUUUUGGCACAACAAGACAUUGUUCAUAUUUCCUGCGGCGAUGCGCAAUCAUUUGCAUUGACCAGUGAUGGCGGAUUAUAUGCGUGGGGCAUGGGUUCCACUCAUCAGUUGGGAACUGGAUCGGACGAAGACGCGCUCGAGCCUACUUUAAUUGAAAGUAAGCAAACUGACGGUAAGCGAAUACUUAAAGCUUCUGGUGGUGCUCAGCAUACUAUAUUUCUCGUGGAAAAUGGAAUUCCAUUGAAUGAUGCUGACAAAGUCAAAGUGGCAGGGAAGAAAGGCAAAAAUAUUAAAAAUUCUGGAACUAAUGCAAAGAAAACAAAAGAAAAUAAUCGACUAUCUCAAGAGAUGGCUACAAAUAUUAGAGAAGACCAGGAGGAAACCUCUGCUGCAGAAAAGGAAUCUUCGGCGCACGUCUUAGGCCUGUCCACAAAGACUAGACGCAAAUAGUGAUUACUAAUACUAAGACGAUAGGAAGUUGAUAGGAAGUCUUUUAUAGUCACCUUCCUUGCUUCUGGAAGGUAAUGAAUGAAAGAUUUACUUCCUUUUCAUUUUUCUUCUUUUGGUUCUUUUCAUAUGUUUCCCAUUUUUUGUGUUUAUUUUUGUUUCUUUUAAACACACACCACUUCUUCAUUAUUCAUUACGAAAAAUGAUGAGUUUAGUUGCAGCUCAAGUUGAACUUGCUACGAAAACCGUAACUUUACAUUCUUAAAACUAUCUACAAUAGAAAAUGUAAAGACAUUUUGUUUACUGCUUAUUUUUAUAUGAAAUCUUUUUUUUAAGUUUUUGUCUUAAGAAACGAAUUUGUUUUGUUUUUUGUUGAUAUUCUUUUGUUUUGAAUUAAUUGUAAUUGACGUUAAUAAAAACGAUAGAUUUUUCUAGAUUCUACACCACUUA